GGAGGGGAGGCGGGCGCUCGCGGCCGGCCAUGAUCGCUUCGUGCCUGUCUUACCUGCUGCUGCCGGCCGCGCGCCUCUUCCGCGCCCUCUCAGAUGCUUUCUUCACAUGUCGAAAAAAUGCUGUCUUGGCGAAGAGCUCAUCCCCCCAGGUAGAGGGCAACUUUGCCAUGGCCCCUCGGGGCCCUGACCAGGAGGAGUGUGAGGGCCUGCUGCAGCAGUGGCGAGAAGAAGGGUCAAGCCAGGUGCUCUCAACUGCAAGUGAGGGUCCCCUUGCAGAUAAGGGACUAGCCCAGAGCAGCCUGGCACUCCUGAUGGAUAAUCCCAGAGAACAGGAUGCUGCUUCCGAGGACAAGUGGUCCAGCAGGCAGCUGAGUGACAUGCGGGCAGCAGAGAACCUGGACGAGCCUUUCCCUGAGGUGCUAGGGGAGGAGCCACUGCCAGAGGUCGAGGGCCCUGUGUGGGCAGCUGUCCCUAUACAGACAGGUCCCCAGUAUGCAGACUGUGCUGUCCUCCCAAUGGGCGCCCUGGCCGCAGAGCAGUGGGGAGAAGACCCUGCGGUGAUGGCCUGGAGCAUGGCACCUGAGCCUGUGCCCUGGGGAGAGGCUCCUGUCUGGCCAUUUGAGGGCCUGGGGCAGUUGCAGCCUCCCCCAAUGGAAAUACCAUAUCAUGAAAUUUUGUGGCGAGAAUGGGAAGAUUUCUCCAGCCAGCCAGAUGCUCAGGGCCUGGAGGCAGGGGACAGCCUUCAGUUCCAGUUCACCCUGAUGUCUUAUAACAUCCUGGCUCAGGACCUGAUGCAGCAGAGCUCAGAGCUCUAUCUGCAUUGCCAUCCGGACAUCCUAAACUGGAACUAUCGCUUUGCCAACCUCAUGCAGGAGUUCCAGCACUGGGACCCGGAUAUCCUGUGUCUCCAGGAAGUCCAGGAAGAUCAUUACUGGGAGCAACUAGAGCCUUCUCUGCGAAUGAUGGGCUUUACCUGUUUCUACAAGCGGAGGACGGGGUGUAAAACAGAUGGCUGUGCUGUCUGCUACAAGCCCACUAGAUUCCGUCUGCUCUGCGCCAGCCCCGUGGAGUACUUCCGGCCUGGCUUGGAGCUUCUCAAUCGGGACAACGUGGGCUUAGUGUUGUUGCUGCAGCCACUAGUCCCAGAAGGCCUGGGGCAAGUCUCAGUGGCCCCUCUGUGUGUAGCAAAUACCCAUAUCCUGUAUAACCCACGCCGGGGUGAUGUCAAGCUGGCCCAGAUGGCCAUUCUCCUGGCAGAAGUGGACAAGGUGGCCAGGUUGUCAGAUGGCAACCACUGCCCCAUCAUCUUGUGCGGGGACCUGAACUCUGUUCCUGAUUCACCUCUCUACAACUUCAUCCGGGACGGAGAGCUCCAGUACCAUGGGAUGCCAGCCUGGAAGGUAUCUGGACAGGAAGACUUCUCCCAUCAGCUUUAUCAGAGGAAGCUGCAAGCCCCACUGUGGCCCAGCACCCUGGGCAUCACUGAUUGCUGUCAAUAUGUCACCUCCUGUCACCCCAAGAGAUCAGAAAGACGUAAGUAUGGCCGAAACUUCCUGUUACGUUUCCGCUUCUGCAACAUUGCUUGUCAGCGACCUGUAGGAUUGGUUCUCAUGGAAGGAGUGACAGACACUAAGCCAGAGCGACCUGCUGGUUGGGCUGAGUCUGUCCUUGAGGAAAACACAUCUGAGUUUGAGCCUGUCUUCCCCGGGACUAUAGGCACCAUCCAGCACUGCCUCCACCUGACCUCGGUACACACCCAUUUCCUGUCCCAACAUGGCCGUCCAGAAGUCACCACGAUGCCUUUGGGUCUUGGAAUGACAGUGGAUUAUAUCUUCUUCUCAGCUGAGUCCUGUGAGAAUGGCAACAGAAGUGAUCACAAGCUUUAUCGAGAUGGAACUCUCAAGCUCCUGGGCCGUCUUUCCCUCCUCUCUGAAGAGAUUCUCUGGGCUGCCAAUGGCUUACCCAACCCCUUCUGCUCCUCAGACCACCUCUGCCUGCUUGCCAGCUUUGGGAUGGAAGUCACCGCCGCAUGAUGGGGCUUCCAGGGGAAGAGAGCUUCUCUUCCAGAAGAGCUCACUGGAUCAGAGACUGUGGAAAUAUCCCAUGCUUCUGGAAACUUAGAUCCAAGAAAUUUACCUCCCCUCCACUCCCCUCCACCUCCUUGCUCCCUUUUCCCACGGUUAGCUUUUCUCCAGGCCUGUACACGUUCUCUGCCUGUGGUCCCUGCCCCGCCCCAACCUCUUCCUAAUCCUGUGCCACAUACUCAGUGGCCCUGGGAGAGGCAGAAGCGGGGGGUUCCCCCUUCCUUCAUGUAUCCAGUGCUCCCCCUUGAUUUUUAAUUACCAGGGUUGUGGGAGCUAUUGAUCUCAUUGGUUAUUUGCUUUCAGGCCGUUUCUUGGUGUUACCUUCUGACCCGACCUUCUCUCCACCUUCAUGACCUCUGAGCCCAGCCCUCUUGCCAGGCAUGCACAUGUGAGAUGUGCAUAUCCUGCGUGUGUCCUCUUGGAUGGGACUGCUGUGCACAGCCAUGCCUGCCUCUGACCAGUACUUUCCACAUUGGGGCUGCAGGCCCAGGGAAGAUUGAGAGCAUGACUGAGCAGCUGAGUGCUACCAGGCAGCAGCAGGCAUGGGCCCUUCUCUCCUCUUGUCCUCUGUGUUUCAUUAAGCAUUCAUCCUGCCAACGAGGGCACACUCGUCAUCUGGGCUCUGGGAACGAAUGGGCCCCACAGCCUGGAGCAACAGAUUUGAGGAUGUGCUACCUGCCCCAGUGGGCUCAGUGCCUCUAACCCAGAGCUCCUCACAGAUCUGGCAUGGUUUCUCCAGGGCUCAUCCCUUUCCCCAGGCUUUCCUGAGAGAGGCACAACUUUGAACCCCUGUGUGGGGUUCAGUGGGCCAGGAUAGUGGUGUGAGGUUUAAAACUCUUUAAGGGUGAGAAGGAAGAACCUUCAGGAAACUUAUCUCACUGGACUCCGCAGCGUCCAGAACUGGAGCAAGAGUAGGGGUCCCAGUAGGGGGAAGAGCAGGUAGGCUCUGCAGCAGUCUCAGCCAAGACCCAAGAUUUCAAGGGCUUGUGCUCUUUCCUCUGCACACCUAAGAAGCAGUUUUCUGUUCCUUUCCUCCCACCAUGUUUUACUUUUUGCUGCCUCCCUCCUCCUCCAUUCCCUUCCAUUUUCUCUCCAGAAAAUCCUGGUAUUUAGCUCAGGCCAAACCACCUCAGCAGAAAGGUGGUCUUGGGCAAAAUUGGUACAGGAACUUGGGGUAGCAGUGUUUGAGGAUUUGCUCUGCCUGGCAAGGCCUUGGUUGCUGGUUGCCUCUGCUUUCCCUCCCCUGUCACGGGUACCCUGGCCCAUUCAAGGGACUACCUAGCCCACACCAUGUCACCUGCAUGUCUUAAUUUUUCAUUGCUAGGGUGUGGCCAGGGGCAUUCCUGGGCCAGCUACUCCCCACAUCUCCCUUAACUCAGAGUAGCAGCUGGCCUUUGUAGAUUUGACUUGCUGUUGCCCAACUCAGCCUUCAGAAUGGGACUGAAGACACUGGUCAAGAGGCUUGAGUUAGGCACAGUGAGACAGAGGUUAAUGUUCUUUCCUUUUUUUGAAAGCCAAAGACCCAGCUUGAAUUCUGCUGCUGUGUUCAUGGUUAUAAGCUUUCCUUGCCUAGCAUCUGGGGAAUUUCUUUUUCUACAUGUGUAUUUUUAAACUUUAUUCCUGCGUACUGGGCCUGUGCCUGUCUGAGCCCCAACCUAUCUGGCCACACCCCAUCAUUCACUUUCUCUCCCAUGUGCACCACUUAAGAUGGUCUCAAGACAGACCCCGUUGGUUCCUAGGACUAGGGCCCAUCGCUGUUCUCUUCUGCUAGGAAAUAGAGGUUAAAAACAGCUAAAGAUGGCAGAGGGCAGGAGCUUGAUAAAUGAUCUUUUCCUUAUUUUAUUAUUUGUUUCUGUUUUGGCAAUGAAAUGGAGGUUUUAAAUGGUCAUUUAAACUCUUUUUCCAAAUAAAGGUUUACCUAUU